AUGCAAAUAGAUUGGAGGAAUUUAGAAUCACUUUCUUUAAGUUUGAUUUUUGAUAAGUUAGUAGAAACUAUUGAUCACAUCUCUUUCAGCCGCGUAUGCAAAAAUUGGUAUUCUAUUGCAAAGUUUAACUAUCAAAAUCCACAAAUACAAAAUAAUGUGUUACCCAUGCUUAUGAUUCCCACAAGAAAUAAGAGCAGGACAGAAAUAAGUUUAUACGGAAUUUCAUCAAAAAAAGAUUACAACCUCAAACUACCUGUACGUUGUAACAAGAGGCUUUGUGGUUCAAGUCAUGGUUGGUUAGCCAAGGUGGAUUAUAGUUCUCAAGCUACGGGUAUAACACUCCUCAAUUCUUUUAAAAAUGGGGCAUCUAUCACUUUACCACCCCUUUACUUCCCAAAUUUGUUUAGAAGAAAAGACCGUUAUGAGUAUAAUGUGCAUAAGGUUAUUUUAUCUACUAAUCCUACAUUUAAGCCACGCGAUUUUGUAGUUGUAGCAAUUUACACUAUGUGGAAACAUCUUGCUUUCUUAAAAGUUGGACAAAAGAAUUGGACUUAUAUUCAUGAUAUUCAUGACGUCUUCAAUGUCUUCAAUGAUGUUAUAUUCUACAAAGACCUAGUCUAUGCCGUGGGACAUUCGAAUAUCAUUAUCUCUUUUGAUUAUUCUUAUUUAAAGGGUGGAAAGGUAAUUCCCAAAGUUGUUUCUUUGAAGAAGGAUGAUUAUGCUGAUCGAACUUAUCUUGUAAAAUCAUUAGAAGGUGACUUAUGGCUUGUAAGAAAAUUUAUGGGGUAUCCUGGUGACGAAAAUGAUGAAGAUAAUGUUGAACCUAGUAAUGGUGCGGAAAAAUUUGAAGUAUAUAAUUUGGAAUUGGAUCUUCAAACGGGUGAACUUAUACAAAUGUUAAAAAUUGAUAGUUUAGGAGAUAAUGUCUUAUUCGUAGGUGAUAGUGAUUCAAUUGCUGUGUCAGCUUCAUAUUUCUCUAGUUAUCUUCAAAAGGAUUCAAUUUAUUAUACAGCUGAUUUUUACGGAGACACGCUACCUUAUCCUAAUGGACCAUUUGAUAUGAAAAUCUACAAUGUAAAAGAGGAAAAGUUUAGCGAACAUUGUCCUUUUCGUCCUUGGUUUAAACGAAUGUCACCUGCGGGACUAGAAGACGUGUCUACAAAAGUUGUUAAUGAAACAGGUGAGACUACUGUUGAUGAUAUUAGUGCUGAGGAUGGAGAAUCUAUUGAAAAUAUUAUAAAUAUUGAUAAAUAUUGA